GCGGGAGGCGGGACUUCUUGGCCGCCAUGCUCCCUGCUAGGCUCUAAGGCUGAGGUAGUCGCUUUGGAGACGCUGCUCUGUGGGGAGAGCACCGCUGUGGCAAAUUAUGAGAAGAGUGCGGGUGAGCCUGGAAGCCGCGCUAUGGAUUUAGUUGUCUUUGAGGAUGUGGCUGUGAGCUUCACCGAGGAAGAGUGGGCUUUGCUGGAUUCUUCUCAGAAGCAUCUGUACAGAGAUGUAAUGCUGGAAACCUACAGUAACCUUGCUUGUGUCGGAAACAAAUGGGAAGACCAGAGCAUGGAAGAGCACUUUCAGAAAUCUCACUCCUUUUGGCGGCAUAAAAAAGUUCAUACUGGGGAAAAGCCCUAUGAAUGCAAACAGUGUGGUAAGUCCUUCAUUUAUCCUUCUUUACUUCAAACCCAUGAAAGAACUCACAGUGCAGAAAAACCCUAUAGCUGCAAACAGUGUGGUAAAGCCUUUAAAUCUCACAGUUCCCUUCGAGUCCAUGAGAGAAACCAUACCGGGGAAAAGCCCUAUGAAUGUAAGCAAUGUGGCAGGUCCUUUAUUUACCCCUGCUUACUCCAGAUCCAUGAAAGAACUCACAGUGGUGUCAAACCCUAUGGAUGUAAGCAGUGUGGGAAAGCGUUCAGACGCCUCAGUGACCUUCGAGUACAUGAAAGAAUUCAUACUGGAGAAAAACCUUAUGAAUGUAAACAGUGCAUUAAAUCUUUUAUUAAUCGGUAUUUACUUAAGAUGCAUCAAAAGUCUCACACUGGUGAGAAACCCUAUAAAUGUAAGAUGUGCAGUAAAGCCUUCAUUUAUCCUUCCUUACUUAAACUGCAUGAAAGAUCUCACACUGGGGAAAAACCCUAUCCAUGUAAACAAUGUGAUAAAGCCUUCAUUUUCCCCUCUUUACUUAAAAUGCAUGAAAGAACUCACACUGGGGAAAAACCUUAUGCUUGUAAACAGUGCGGUGAAGCCUUCAAAAGCUACAAUUCCCUUCAGAGACAUAAAAGAGUUCAUACUGAUGUAAAGCCUUACGAAUGUAAACAUUGUAGCAAAACCUUCAUAUGUCAGAGAUCCCUUCAGUUACAUAAUAGAACUCAUACUGGAGAAAAACCAUAUAAGUGUGAAGAGUGUGGUAACUCCUUCAGAUACCACAAUUCCCUUCAAAGACAUAGAAUAAUUCAUACUGGGAAAAAUCUCUAUGAAUGUAAACAGUGCGAUAGGUCCUUCAUUUAUCCAUAUUUACUCCAAAUACAUGACAGAACUCACUCUGGGGGAAAACCAUAUGAAUGUAAACAGUGUGGUAAGUCCUAUAUUUAUCCUUCUUUACUACGAAUCCAUGAAAGGACUCACAGUGCAGAAAAACCCUAUAGCUGCAAACAGUGCGGUAAAGCCUUUAAAUCUCACAGUUCCCUUCGAGUCCAUGAGAGAAACCAUACUGGGGAAAAGCCCUAUGAAUGUAAGCAAUGUGGCAGGUCCUUUAUUUACCCCUGCUUACUCCAGAUCCAUGAAAGAAUUCACAGUGGUGUGAAGCCUUACGAAUGCAAACAGUGUGGGAAAGCCUUUAGGGGUCACAGUUCCUUUCGCAUUCAUAAGAAGCUUCACAGUGGGGAAAAACCCUAUGAAUGUAAACAGUGCGGCAAGUGCUUCGUUUAUCCAUCCUUGCUUCGAAUGCACGAGCGAACUCAUAGUAGUGAAAAGCCCUAUGACUGUAAGCAGUGUGGUAAGGCCUUUAAAUCGCGUAGUUCCCUCCGAGAACAUGAAAGAAACCACAUCGAGGAAAAAUCCUAUCCGUGUCAACAGUGUGGUAAAAUCUUCAGGCGUUACAGUUCAUUUCAAAACCAUAAACAAAUCCAUGCUAUAGAAAAACUCAAUGAAUGUAAACAAUGUGGUAAGAUCUUCAUUUAUCCUUCUUUUCUUCAAAGGCAUGAAAGAACCCACAUUUGUGAAAGAACCCUAUAUAUGUAAACAAUGUGAUUAAAGCUUUACCAUAUUACAAUUCUUUUAGGAGAGAUAAAUUUCAUUCUGAGGGGGUGUGUAGAUAUGAAUAAUGUAAUAAAGCCAUUUUUACAGUCGUCUUCAACUGCGGAGAAAAAUUCAUAUGUAACAAUUGGAGUAUAAUGUGAGAAAGCCUUCUGAAAGUAACCAUCCCUUUCAAAUGUAUGGAAUAACUCAUAAUGAAGUAGAACCAUGUUCCCUAUGACAUUAAAAAUUGUCAUGUUAGAAGGGAAUCCUGUAAAUAUAAACAAUGUGAAAACUCA